GUCCCGCAUCGGCUCGGAAGGCAACGUGUGACGGAAAGGAUCUCCACAAACUGGGCAGAAAUCACAAGUUUACAAUCAACAAAAAACCUCAUAUCGAAGCAUCAUGUCAGAAGCUCUAACCCAACGAAUAAAAGAGCUGGAAGGAGAACUGGAGAAGCUGAGGUCCCAGCUGAAGCAGAGCAGUGAAGUACAGGAACAAAACAAUGAUGGGAUGUCCUGUCAAGCUUCUGUUAAAAACACAAACAGUAUCAUGGAGGGGAACGUCAGCAGCAAAAAGGGUAAGAAAGCAUCCAAGGAGCGGCCCUUUGACUUCUCCAUCCAUCCAAAGCGUCAUGUGGCUUUGAGGCUGGCUUACCUGGGAUGGGCCUACCAGGGCUUCGCUGUUCAGGAGAACACAGACAACACGGUGGAGGCGAGGCUCUUUGAAGCUCUGCUGAAGACUCGACUCAUCCAGGACCGGCAGAGCUCCAACUACCACCGGUGUGGGCGGACUGAUAAAGGAGUCAGUGCCUUUUCCCAGGUCAUAACCAUCGACGUGCGCUCCACUCAGUUCUGUGGAGGACUGGGCGUUAUACUCCCUGAGAAUGUCGAUGUUAGUACCAAGACUAAGUCAGAUGUCCCUGAGCUUCCGUAUGUGAAGAUUCUGAACCGAGUCCUUCCCCAGGACAUAAGGAUCUUGGACUGGGCUCCAGUAGCAGAAGGAUUCAGCGCACGCUUUGACUGUCAGUCUCGCACAUAUCGGUAUUAUUUCCCCAGAGGAUGUUUGGAUGUAUCAGUUAUGGCAGAAGCUGCAAAAAGAUAUGAAGGCACUCAUGACUUCCGCAAUUUGUGCAAAAUGGACGUGGGCAAUGGAGUGCUGCAGUUUGAGAGGACGAUCCUUUCAGCCUCAGUCAAACCUGUAAAACCACAGCACGGCGGUAGCACAGACCAGUAUGACCUCUAUGUGUUUGAGGUCAAAGGACUGGCCUUCCUUUAUCACCAGGUACGCUGCAUGAUGGCUGUGCUUCUUCUGAUAGGACAAAAAUUGGAAACCCCAGAGAUAAUUGAUCAGCUCAUGGAUGUUGAGAAGAACCCUAGAAAGCCACAAUACAGUAUGGCAGUAGACUACCCCCUGGUGCUGUACGACUGCCAUUUUGAAGGUCUGAGUUGGAAACAGGAACUAGAGGAGGUGAACCACGUCCUGACUACGCUGCAACAACACUGGACUCAAAGCACAGUCAGAGCCCACGUCCUCCAUGGGAUGAUGAGCGGUUUGGAAGCCAUAGGUGGAGAGUCUUCCAACCACUGCUGCCUCGUAGAAGGCAGUCGGCAGAAAAACUACCGUCCCCUCCUGGAGCGUCCAUGCUGUGAGAGCCUUGAAUCUAGGAUAGAUCAUUUCGUGAAGAGAGGCCGACUGGAACGGGAAGAAGGCGAGGAUGGAGGUGAAACAGUCCACCGAGGGAAAAGGUCCAAACAUUUUCACAAUUCCUCCAGUCCGUCUGUGGCCUCAGAAAUUCUAUCUCUAAACCAAAAUACUAACCAGAAUGAAGAAAACUGACAUUUUUAAUUUGGAAAAUGGCCUUUUUUCUUUUUUUUUUUUUUUUAAGCUUUUUGCUUAGGCAAAAAAAAUAUUUACUUUUUCUAACAGCAAACCAGAUGCACUGUGUUGUAUAUAUUUUUAGUUCAUAA